AAGAAGUGAUACUCUUUGGCUGCGAGUCUGGUGCAGUCAUCAACCAGUAUAACUACAAAAGAUUAUUCGAACAUUGACACCUGCAGGAGACCAUGUAUCAAUUUGUUGGUCACCAUUUUUGCGGUUGUAACUUUGCUACCCAGCAUAAUAUGUCAAAUUCCAGCGUUUGUCGACGAAACCAGCACAGUCAGUGCUCAAGAUAUAUACGAUUUGGAUGAGGAAGAUUUCCAAGUAUGGCUUUCUGGAAGGAUGCCGAAGGCUUGGCAAGAUAGAUCGUCCACCAGCACAACUACAGCGGCACCUCCAUCCACAACAUCCCAGGCUCCGUUGGAUAACUUUAACGAGCAAACCGAGCCGCAGCAAGAUCUAGUGAACACGGAGGUUCCCGAAAUUCCGGAAAUUCCAACAACAACCACAAAAACAACAACUCAAUCCACUACCAACGAUUUUGCAGGAUAUGUUUACACGCCACCUGCCGAUUUCAAAAGUUGGCUCAAAGCGCAUAUGCAGCAAUCACAUCAUUUCACUAAUCAGUUAGCAAACGGCAUUAAUAACCUGCCGAGCCUCCCACGAGGUGCGGAAGUUGCCGCAGAUUGCGUUCCAUUAGUCCAGCUGCUUAAUCGUCGACCGUCUGCUGUUUCGUUCCAAACAUCGGCCACUAUCCACAGAUUCGAGGAUGACCCACUGAUACGGUCGUCCUCAACUACAGCGUCUCCCCCUCUGCCGUUUCCCGACAAUUCACAUCACAGUGAUAUAUUUUUCCAACACCAGAAACCAACACCUCCAACUCCACAGCCACCAGUUCAUCAGUUCGUUCCGAUCAAUCCGCAGCGACAAACUCAGCGUUUUACGGAAUUUUACGGCAAUCCGGCUUAUUUCAAACAACCAGUUCUACCCCACCACGGUUGGAUCAAUACUCCAGUUGUGUUCAAUUACUACUAAAAAAUUAAGUCAGUAGUAAAAUUCAUUGUUUAUUGGCUUCGUUAGUAGUUAAUACUCGACUAUGAACUUGCGAUCCUGUGCUUGUACAAAUAAAAUUGAUCACCGAUAUUAUGGGAUUAGAAUCUCUGACAGAAAAAAUUGUGAAUAAUCAAAAUGAAUUAUUUAUUAGCUUUUGUGUUUAAUUUGGAAUAAAUUGCAUUGAUUUCAAAUAUUGAAAGACCGUACAGGUACCAUCUUUAUCGUUCUUAAAUAUAAUCCGCUACACUUUCGCAACACUUAAAGCUAGCUACUUUUUCCAGCUAGCUUUUUUGCGUGGAUAGCGAGAAUCAAAUUUGUGGUUGGCUGCUACUUCAAAUCGCGGACAGAGAGAGAGAGAUAUUUUUUUAUUUCAACCCACACAGUUUGAAAUGGUAUCAGGGAACUGGAUAUUACUAUCCGUGGAAGGUCAAGGAAUAUUAAUAAUUUAUGGCGAUAAAUACAGAACGGAUCAGCAGUGAUCCAAUUUCGGUGAUUUUCUGAGCAAGUAACCGGUUGAGUUAGAGAUCACAAGCGAACCUAUGUGCUGCUGAGAGAACUAGAUGAUUUGUUUCUGGUAGUGAAGAAAUUGAAACAAUCAGAUUAGAAUAAAUUUUAAUUUUUUUUCUCUUCCCAUCAAUAUUAAAAAUCGGAAUAUUGAAAAAAGCAUAAUCAAUCUCUGUUCAGUCAUGAAAUUUUCGGUUGAUCUCUCUCCACUGUUUUGGCGUUUCAUCAGUGAUGCUGAUACAGUAGUAUACUACCCGCCAAAUCUAAAUGUGAACUAUAAACUAUUAAGAGCUGGGAUGAUUUGAGGUUAUUUUUUUGUUUGGAAUACUUUAAUAAAGAGAAAAU